CACACCAGGAAGUGACUAGUCUUAUUAUUUCUCCCUUACACACAAACUGAAAGCUAAAGAGAGUCAGUGUUGUGGAGAAAAAUGAGGAUUUUAGAGAAAUGUGUUCAACAAAAUAGAUUCUGAUUUUGAUUGUAAUGGUUAUUUACCUUUCUAACCAAAGUUCAGAAAGUGAAAGUAAAUUGUAGAUUGCUGAUAUAUUACAAGAAGCCGAAAUGGAUUCAAAAUCUGUGGAAGAGCUUUCUUGUCCCGUGUGCUGUGAAAUCUUCAAGGAUCCUAUUAUUCUGUCCUGUAGUCACAGUUUUUGUAAAGAGUGUCUUCAACAGUUCUGGAGAAUCAAGAAAACUCAGGAGUGUCCCGUCUGCAGAAGAAGAUCCUCAAGAACAGAUCCUCCACGUAAUCUAGCGUUAAAAAACUUGUGUGAUUCACUGAUAAAGGAGAGAAAUGAGAGGCGUUCAUCAGGAUCUGAGGAGAUCUGCAGUUUACACAGUGAGAAACUCAAACUCUUCUGUCUGGAGGACAAACAGCCGGUGUGUUUAGUGUGCAGAGACUCAGAGAAACAUGUCAAUCACACAUUCAGACCCAUCACAGAAGUGGUUUCAUCCCACAAGGAAGAACUCAAUAAAGCACUGACAUCUUUACAAAAUAAGCUUGAAAAUGCAGAAGAAAUGAAAGCAGAGUGUGAUAAAACAGUGAAACACAUCAAGUCUCAAGCUGAGCACACAGAGCGUCAGAUUAAAGAGGAGUUUGAGAAGCUUCAUCAGUUUCUCAGAGAUGAAGAAGAAGCUACAACCACUGCACUGAGAGAGGAAGAGGAGCAGAAGCAGCAGAUGAUGAAGGAGAAGCUGGAGGAGAUGAACAGACACAUCUCAGCUCUUUCACACACAAUCAAAGACACGGAGGAGAUGAUGAAAGCCAGCGACGUCUGCUUUCUGAAGGACUUUAGCAUCACGAUGGAAAGAGUCCAGAUCUCACAGCCGGAUCCACAGAUGAGUUCUGGAGCUUUGAUUCAUGUCCCACAUUACUUGAGUAACCUGCGGUUCAGAGUCUGGAAGAAGAUGCAGGAGACUCUCAAACACACUCCGUUGACUCUAGAUCCAAACACAGCAGCUCCUUGGCUCACACUCUCUGCUGAUCUGACCAGUGUUUCGUACAGUGAUUUACGUCAAAAUCUUCCUAAUAAUCCGGAGAGGUUUGCCUAUUAUCCAUGUGUUCUGGGUUCUGAGGGCUUUAACUCAGGAGCACACUGCUGGGAUGUGGAGGUUGGAGACGAUAUAAACUGGAGUCUUGGAAUAACCACAGCAUCAAACCAAAGGAAGGGAGAUGUUUUCUUUAACACUGAUGUCUGGCGUGUGCGGUACGUGAAUAGCAAAUACAACUCACAAUCUCCAGAGAAACCUUUGACUCGCUUUACUGUUAAGGAGAAGCUGCAGCGUGUGAGAGUUCAGCUGGACUGUGACAGAGGAAAGGUGUCCUUCUCUGAUCCUCUAACUAACAUCUGUCUGUGUUCAUUCAGAACAACCUUUAAAGAAGCUGUCUUUCCAUUUUUAUAUAAUCGCUGCACAACUUCCCCUCUGAGGAUCUUACCAGUUUAACUGUUUUGUAACAACAGAAAAUUGAAAAAAAUGUUAAACCUGAUUCUGCUUUUACAUAAAUUCAAGAAGAAGAAUUUAUGAUUUAAAAAAUAAAACAUACUCAUGAAUUCAUGCCGAUCAUAAGCAAAACACUUUUACUUUUAUAUGCAUUGUGGCUAAUGAUGUCAUGCAAAUUUAUUUUUAUAGAAAUAGAAGGAAAAUUACGUUAGUUAACUGGUCUUUCCCCCCCCCCACUACUACUGUACCUGAGAAGUAGACAGUGAAAUGAGAAACCACACCAGUCACAGCACUAAAUGCAAAUGAACAGCAAAUAGCAAGCAUAUGCAGUAAAGGUCUGGCAAAGCAUCACAAAGGAGGAAACCCAGUCUCUGGUGAUGUCUAUGAGUUCCAGACUUGAGGCAGUCAUUGCCUGCAAAGGAUUCUCAACAAAAUAUUAAAAAUGAACAUUUUAUUUAUGAUUAUAUUCAUUUGUCCAAUUACAUUUGAGCCCCUGAAAAUGGGGGGACAGUGUAUAAAAAUGGUUGUAAUUCCUAAGCAUUUCAUGUUAUAUUUUUUUUUCUACCCCUUGAAUUAAACCUUAAA